AUGCCUGCCGCACGCAACGCUAAGGGCGCUGGACGUACCGGCGACGAUGUGAUGCCCAACGCGGCCAGGUUGGGCCCGAUGUCGCAGGGCAUCCCCCUACAGUCCUCGCGCUCCGGAUAUCGCGCUCGCCGCCCUUCUACUACUGCGGCGGGAACCAAAGGCGAUGCUCUUAGCCGACAAGUCCCCCGCGCUCUGCGACCCGCAACGGAGGAUCGUCCCCGCACAGAUGCUGAGUUGGCGCGAGAGGCUACCGUUCGCGCCGACCCGCUCGCGGAUGUCCAAAGCCCACUAUGGGUGCGCUGUCGCCGAUGCAGCCAACGCAUCAAGCUCUCUCCAAAGAGCUACUUCGACCUAUUCCACUGGCAGAAGCAUCGGGAGCGUUGUCUGCGACGCCCUGAUGAGGAGCUUAGCGUCGCGGAUACCUGCGACGAGCUUCCACAGCGCACUGCCCGUAGCCCUUCGAGCGCAGCACCGGUAGGGGAUGGCGGUGGCGCCGAACAAGACGGUCUGCCUCAGGUUCAGGAAGAGGCCGACCCUUCACCGACCAUGUUGAUCCCCUCGCCUCUUUCGCCCCACGCUGAGUCCCGGUCGACGUCGCCGAGCCAGGUUGUUGACUGCCGAGUCUCCGUGGGCACCACUACUGACGAGGACAACGAAGCAACGACGCCGCCCCCGCCAUACUAUCCUCACGAUGUCUUCAAUCAUUCCUCACCUGUGUCGUCGUCCCCGCCGGCAUUCGGCAUGUCACUUGGCCGUCCCGACAUCGAUGCUGCUGCCACGCUUACAUCGUUCAACACUAAAUCCCCCGCCGAACUUUUCACUCGGUGCAUGCGGCGCUUGCCGUCCGAACGCGCGCCCCCGUUGCUUGAACCUCGUACACCACUAGUGUACGAGUCCCGCGCCCAGCUCUCGCCGUCCCCCACCCCUUGGGAGAGCUGGACCUACGAGUACCUGUCCCCGGCUAUCUGGACGAUGGGCGAAUCUUCCGUAGAGCCGCUUGACAUACGUGUUCCGACCAGCAACGUCCGUGCCUCAAACUAA